AUGUUUAAUAUAUUGAGUAAAGAAAAAGUAGGAAUAAGCUUGAAACAUUUUAAAAAAGCAUAUAAUAACAGUAGUAAAGAACAUUUUUUUUUUGGGGGGGGCAUAAAGAAACUAGCUUUCAGUUCAAAAUCAAGUAAUUUAAAAUGGAUGAGCAACGCAUCUGCAAAUAUAGAAAAUACAUCAACGAAUUUUUUAGACUUGCAAGAAUUAAGACUAAUAAAUAAUAAAAGAGUUACAUUAACGAGUACAUAUGAAAAUAGAAUAAACGUUUAUUUAAAACCGCUGGAAACGGAUAUUUUAUUAUACGAAGACCAGCUAACUUGUAGUACCAACAAAGGGGAAAUUCACUCCACCCCGCUUGGAAUAGAUCCUUCCGAAGUGACUGGUUUAGUUGAUAGUACUGUAAAUAUUAAUGCAAGUAUUGGCGGUGGUCAGAGUAGUUACGUUUUCAAGGAGUUUCACGUCCAGGGGGAAGAAGGAAACAUGAAAAAUUUGGAAGAUGGAAAAAAUAGCGAUAGUGAGAACCGUAGUAGUAGUGAGAACCGUAGUAGUAGUGAGAACCGUAGUAGUAGUGAGAACCGUAGUAGUAGUGAGAACCGUAGUAGUAGUGAGAACCGAAGUAGUAGUGAGAACCGUAGUAGUAGAAACGAUGGAGAGAUGUGCAACAUGAAGAAUGAGAGUGGGGGCGAUAAUAAAAAAUACUGCUCAAUGUACCUUUCAUCACAGAGAUACAAUGCACUGUCGAAAGAGAAACAUCGAUAUGUGUAUGACUUCGAAGUAAGAAAUAUAUCUGAACUAAGUAAAUAUCAAGAAGGAGAGUUGGUUAAUGUUUUCUUUUAUAAUAAAGCAGACAUUGGUAUUGGAUUGUUAAAUAGGAAAAGUAAUAUAGUCAUUCGAAUAAUUGAAAAGGAUAUAAGAAAAAUAAUUGAUGAUAAAUUUUUUAUAAAAAAAUUAUAUGAAAGUAUUAAAAGGAGAUUUAAAUAUAUAUAUAAUAUAAAUAUAUAUGAUUAUAUGUUUUCGUUUAAGUAUAGAAAUAAUAUAAAAAUUUUUUGUAAAAUUAUUAAUUCAAUAAAUGACGAUUUACCAGGUAUUCUUGCAUAUAUAUAUGAUAAAAAUAUUUUUAUAAGGUAUGAUAAUUUAGCUAUACAAAAAUAUAAUUAUAUAUUUGAAAAAGAAUUAGAAAAUAUUUUUACCCCUCAAAAUAUUUUUUGUAAAAAAAUUAUAAGUAAAAAAGAAAAAAGAGCACAAAUGGGAAAAGAAUAUAUAUUAGAACAAAUCAAAGGAACAGAUCUAGAAUUAUAUUACUGUGAAAAUGAUUAUACCUUUUAUAAUAAUAUUACGAAUAUAACAUAUGAUAUCUUUCAUGUCGAUAAUAAACAUGAUCGUCUGUUUUUACAAAAUAUUUGUGAAACACCUACUACCAUACUAAACAUCAACGGAAAUGUAGGAGAAUACAUAAUAAACGCCUCUUUUGCAAAUGAACAGUGCAGAGAUUUACGUUCGAAUUAUAGUGAAAUUAUAUCUAUUAUACUCUCUGACUCUGUCAAAAACGCCAAUUACAUAGACAGAAACGUUAAUCAUAACAAGUGUAUGCAUAUAACAUCCCUGCACAGGGAGGAUAUUUUGGAAGAGCUGAAUAACAUGUACCUCAAUAAUUUAAAGUUUGGCAUAAUUAUAUACAAUAUAAAAAGAAGUAUUGUUUACCGAAAAAAUGCAUACACAAGUACGUACGGAAAGAGGUACACAGCCACUUUCAAGGGAGUGCAUAAGUACUUGAACCACAUGGCGGAUCUUCUGCAAAGAGGGGGAUUGCUGUUCAUAACAGUCGAAUUGUCCGCCGAGGAGUACGACAAAUUUUUGAACAUAGUCAAAUGUGUAUUUGAGCAUAAAAAAAAGAGUGUAUCAAUAAUAUAUGAAAAUUCUUGUAGCGUGGAAAACAGUAUACUGUGCAAUAACCGGGAUGAAUGGUACUUAAGAUCUGUGUGCUUCCUACUGGGAUAUUCAUAA